UCCACGAGAAGCGAAAAAUAAUAGAAAAAAAUAAAUCUCCAUUUUUCCCACGAAACGUCGCGCGUUUUUUGUGUUCACCAUUCUUCAUUUUUUCAGAAGUUUACUACUUUUGUUAUUUGCAAAAAUUUCUUUGCAAAUUAUCAUCCGAGUUGUAUACAUAGUUCUCUUUAGAGAGAAAAUUAUAUUAACAGUAAACUGUUUACAUUUCCUUUUUGCAGAUUAUUGCAAGCAAAGUGAAUUUUCCUUCUCUUUAUACAAAUAUUGUUGUCUCUAUUAUUUUCCGAGAAAAUGAGAAAAAAAAUUAUUUUUAUUUCUGGUGCACUUAUUGAAAUUAUGAUACAGUGAUUUUGUGCGGAUCCAAAAAUGGACAACUGACCCAAAUGUCCUUCUACUUCGAUUUCAAAGAGCAUCUCUCGCCAUGCGGUUGACGUAGCAAGCCGCAAGGACCAAGGGGGACCAACGAAAGAGGACAAACUAUGAAGAUGUUGGAGUCAUUAGCGGUGUUCCUGCUCUGGGUAUUAGUCCCCGGGGUUUGGACCCAAAGUAACUAUGAUACUCACGGGAAUAGUAUUGAAUAUGAUCCUGAAUCGGGAUUGCCGCCGAGCACAAUUCUCGAUGGCAAGGUCACACAAUUGGAUGAACUUAAGGCAGACAUUGUCCUUAAUCGCACCAAGGCAUUUCUCAACUGUUCCCAAGGUAGCAUGGACGUUGAAUUAACAUUCAGAGAACCGUUCUAUGGAAUCGUCUACGCGGAUGUUGAUCGCAACAGCGCUUGUAUGGUUAAGGGACGUGGAUUGAAUGUUGCUCACUUGGAAUUACCGUUGAAAGGAUGUGGUACGAAGCAAGAUCCUACGCGAGUUUUCACCAACAACAUUGUCGUUCGAUUUCAUCCCAGUCUCGAGAUGGAUGGAGACGAGAUCAUUACGAUAGUUUGCCGAUAUCCACCACCAAAGACUGCGGUUGUACCGGAACCCAUUUUUUUACCACCGGCAGUUCCAUCAGGACCAAGUUUAUCGGGACUACAUAUCUUGUUGAUCAUCUGCUCCCUGCUGUUCCUCGCAUUGACGCUACUUGGAAUGGGUUGUUCAUACAUGUGUCUUAAGCGAAGACCGAUUCGAGUCGUGCAUCGUCAGACAACAAGCUACACGGGUUCGGAGAUCACAAAGAUCUCUGGAUCAUCGUUAGGAAAUAUCUCCAUGUUCGGAGAUUUAAAGAUUCCAAGGGCUCAUGCCCCGUUGCAGAUUGCUGCAUCAAUCUCCGGAAGUGAAGUCAACUUGGUCACGGAUCAUUCCGACACAUUGCCCAGCGAUUAUCCAAGCGAGAGUCACUCCGAGAUCGACGAGGCGAGAUCCCUCCCCGUUUCAUCAGCUGGAUCCUACGAGAAGGCGUUCAUCCACCAUCAACAACACACCGACGUCCGCGCAUCAAGUUCCCUCUAUUCGGAAACAAUAAACGAAAUCGAAACUUCAGCAAUCACUAGUGCUUCCCGAAUGCUACCACGACCACUCCCAAUGGAACCGAAAUUCGACGUCCAAAUGCGAGUAAAGAAAGCACCACCACCACCGCCAAGUCCCCUACCAUCCGAAUCGGACGCCAGUAUCGCUCUCGAACGAAAUCUCACCACAAUUCUAGAACGCGAGGAAAUCUCCCGCUCCAUGGAUCGUCCCCCAGCAAUGACGACCUUCUCCUACGUUCCCGAACUUCAUGGACCACCCAGUUCCAUAUCCAGACAGCAAACACCACCCGUCUACUCCCGAAUUCUCCGCAAACAAGCCGAACGUGAAACAAUUCUAGAAUCCAUCACAUCACCAUCACCACCACUAGCAACAAUCCACCGACCAAGAUCCCUAGCAUCUCUAAACACCGAGAUGACCGACACUCGCUCCCUAACGGAAGUAACCGACGCCUCCCACGCAAAAUACAGAGUAGCCAGCAUACUCGCACCCACACCGCCUCCACCACCUCCCGUCGUUCCAUCAACCCACACGCAUACAGCCCAAUACCGACAAUAUAUCCGCGAAGAAGUGGAACCACUCGUCCAACCCGUCGUCUCACCCAGAAGACCCGAAAUCACAACCCACGAGGUUGACGACGUCUUCCUACGAACCGUCACCGAGAAAAAGACAAUCGAAGACGUUGAGCGUCAUCGUCGUCAAGUCACCGAAUACCACGCGAAACCCGAUCCCAAAUGGGACGUGACCAUCCGAAACUAUCCCACUGAGGAACUUCCACCACCACCUCCCGAUUGGGAGAACUUCUCCGACGUGAGUUCCGCCUCAAACUUAACCAUCACCAACGAGCCUACCCUAAGAUUCGACGAGCCCGACACAAACAUAGAACCAACUUACACCACAAGGGCCGAAAUACCCUGCAGACCCUCCCAUCGUCUAGACCCCGAGUCCGGAGCCGAACCACCCGACAACUGGUUCGCCCUAUCAAGAGUCCUUGAAUCGCAAUACGCGACCGAGUUCACCGAGGACGAGCGCAAAAAAUGGAGGGAAAUCAUCACAACAGAGAGUACUUUACGUACCCUACUCACCGAGGCGGUAGUCAAGGAGGACUACGAACUAAUCCGCAAAGACGCGAGGUACACCACCCUCUUCCCACCAGCCAAAUGGGACGUGAUUAUCCGAAUUCUAAGUCCUCCAAACUCAGCCUCUGCCUCAUCGCACAAAAGCGGUCAGAGAUACAAACGAGGUAAAUCCUCCGAAUGGGACAACAGGUCCAGGAGAUCAUCACUCCCUACUCUCUACGAGUACGAGAGCGAUGGUGGCAGUUCGAUAAGAACCUUCGGACAGGAUCAUUUACGACCUGGUGGAGCUCAUGCCGGCUCGGGUGUUGGGGCACGAAUCAGAAGACUAAGUUCAACGACUCGUGGCGGUAGUGAAGCGGAUCUCAGAUCAAUGUCUGAAAUGACAGUCAGGGACUUUGCCCGGGUCGAGAGGGACGAUCUCACCAGUUUGAGUUCGUACGAGGGCGAAUCUCUCGUCAGAUCACUCAGUCAACCGAGUCUUGCGAGAUCUGGCUCGGAAUUCACGGAACAUUGGGGUGUGCCCUCAAGGGGUCUGUCCAAUUGGGGCUUUGAAGACGACGCCUGCAGCUCCGCCGAGACGACACCCAGACCCAUUAGACGCAACGAUCGCAUGGAAAUUGUUGCCUCCUUCGAUGGUGUCACUCGUCAAACGCCAUCCGGAGGUGUCUCGAGCACUUUCGCCAGGUCCACUCGGUACACCGAGAGGGAGAGUAUUCGAGUCGAUAAUCAACGGGGUCCCAACUGGUUCCACGAUGAUUCCGAACCGGAAAUGCAAAUCUGAAACUCUCAUCCGAAAACAGAAUCCUAAUCUGGAAUUAAAGAAAGGAAUCCUUGGGUCAAACCUGGCGCUGAGGACACUGGUUCGGGUCCUAGGAACGAAUUCGCAUUUGCUGUUAGAUCGAAAAACUUUUUUUAUACAGGACCCCAAUGGGAAUUUAGGAGCCAAAUUUGAAUAUUGAAUUGAAUCUUCUAGCAAAAAAUUCGAAGGACCGAAACCAGGCGCCAGGUCCACAAAAAAACAACACUUUCGAAAUAAAAGUAAAUUUCAACUCUUGAUUCAACGAAACGAAAAAAAUAUUUUCUAUGAAAAUUUCUAUUCAAGCAAAAAUACUUUUCGUAUUGAGAAUGUAAAAAGUGAUUGUGCGGCCCUGGCUAGGGAUUUAAAAAUGACUUGCCGAUGUGAAUAUUUGAAAUAAGUUCACAACACUGCCAACAGAGGACUGCACUAAGCAUUUGAAUUUGAAACCACGAUUGUAUUCUCCAACAUAGAGAAUCAAAAAGUCUGAAAACAAUUUCUGCCCCCCAAAAAAAAAUGAGAAAUUUCAAUUGCUUUUUUUCUAUCCUCUAAUUUAUACAACAAUCCGAAGAUAAAAGAGAGACAUUCAAAGACUUUUCAAUGUCAUAACUAUAUAUUCUUUCUUUAUUUCUCUCAAUAUUCUUCUCUAUUCGGUAUAUACAGUCCAUAUAAAAAUAGUUUCACAAUCAAAUCUAGGACUCGAAACUGUCGAUAAAAAUCUAGAUUAUUACAAUUAUUAUUAUUUUUUAAUAACCGAAUAAAAAAAAAAAGAAAAGCAAACUCAACUUUUAUUUUUCAUCAUCUUUGAAUUUUAUCACUCGCACUCAAUUUGGUUUCGCUCUAAAUUUCCCUAUUAUAAUAGUCGACGAGUGGAGUUGUAAAGUUCAACGACUUAAUAAUUUUUAUCGAUCGUUCAGUUUAGUUUCUUGGCUGAGAAAAAUGAGUAUAAUAGUCGAUUCACAUAAAUUUUUCUCGAUAAAAAGUUUUCAAUAAAAAAAAGAGAGAAAAAUGAAUUACGAUCAGAUUUAAAAAAUUUGUUCGAAAAAGAUUUGUUGUAGUAUUAACCAAAGUGACGCAAAUUUUAUUCCCGAUAAAUCAAAAAUUUUUUUUUUGUAGAAAUGAGUUUGCAUUUAUAUAAAAUAACAAAUUUUUUUUAUUUAUUAUACAAUAUAGCUUUAAUUGAAAUAAAUUUCGCUGUGCUUUCUAAAGAUAAUUAGAAUAACAUGAUGUAAUAACAUGAGUUAAAAUAACAUCGUAUUAAUAAUAUUUUUGUAAAUUUGAAGAAUUUUCGAAAUUUCUUUUUCUUUCACCAAACACGAUGAUCUUUCCUAAAGUUUUUUUUUGGAAAAAUGUUUUUCGGUGAAGAAAUAUUUAUUUUAUGGCAAUAUUUAAUCAUAAGAAACCGAUUCAGUCAAUUUUUUUUUAAUUUUGAUAAAGAACAUUAGUUACAUUUUUUCCGUUCUACUAUACCGACUGAACACAGAGUGGAAACUCGGGUACAAAAUUUAAUUCUGCUAAACUGCUAAAAAAAGACACUAAUAAAAUUUGUUAUUUACUUUUUAAUUCAGUUUUUCGAUUAAAAAAUAUUCAUUCAAUAAUUUUGAUAAAUAAAAUUAUAAACAAAAAAAGUAGUUACAUUUUUUUAGUCUACUAUACCGACUAAACACAGAGUGGAAAUGCGAAUAAAAAAUUCUAAAAGAUACUCCAAAAAAAAUUUGAUAUUCACUUAUUUCCAUUCGAUUUAUAUUAAAACUAUUGAUUCAAUAAUUUUCUUUAAUGAAAAUUAUGAAAUAAAAAGUAAAGUAAAAUUUUUUUUCAAUCCUACAUUACCAACUGAACACAGAGUGGAAACUCGCAUAAAAAAUAAAAUUCUUUAUUUUUGAAUUUUUUUUAAAUAAUUUUUUAAUAAUUCUAUUGAUUUCAAAAAUAAAAAAACAUUCCAAACUUCGUAAAAUUUAAAUUAUUUUCCAAAAAUAUGAAAAAUGAAGCUUUGGGAGAAGAUUAAAUAAUUUCAAUGAUCAUCGUGCGAGCGCUAGUGAUAAUAGAAAUCGUAGGUGACAAAAAAAAGGUGCUGGGUCAACGCUUCAUGAUUAAUAGUUUCAUAAGAAAAAACGUGAAUAUUUUUUAUAUGAAUUACAAACAUAAGUUGUAUAUGAACAAUAAAUUACUAAAAAUAAUUAAAAAAAAACAAGUGCAUAUAUUAUAAAUAAAGUGCGAAUCAAGUGAUUAGAUUUCGAUCAUCUGCUCAAAACGCGGCGUUUGAAAAAAAUAUUUUUUUUUUAAUUCUAAUUUUAACUGUUUUUUAAUUUUAAUUCAUUAUCAUUAUUUUAUUUUUAAUUUCAAUUCUUUUUGAUUAUAAUUUUUUUAAUU